CGGCGGUGCUUGCUACGACCCUGAUGGCGGUCUACAGUGCGAUCUAGGCGGUUCAGGCACCGCGGGUGAGUUAGUUGCAGUCAGGGAAGAAGUCGGCGCUAGGUGAGACGAAGCGGGACUCGUAGGAGUAGGGAAGGGGCUGCCGCCCAAGACGCCCCGGAGCGCGGAAGGGGCGCAUGGUGCCAGGAGCCUCAGGCCUGUGCGUGCGUGAGGAGCAGAGGGGGAUCGUGUGAUUGAUUCAAUGUGACAGGCGCUCCUGCCUGUCAGGUCCAGGUUGGGAUUUUGUGACGGUGGGUGCGGUUGUGAGGCCGAUCCUGGUGCUUUUCCCUCCCUCCCCUCACAGUCCCCACUUGUCUGCACAGAGCAAUGUCCGCAAGAGGAAAGUCAAUACUGUAUUCAGUCCUAGGAUGAAGGUUUCCACCAAGAAGGCACAGUCCUGGGCUUGAGAUGGGACUUUUAGAGCUAGAAGUGUCUCUGAGACAGACUUCUGGGACUAAAUGAUGGGAGUGUCCCUACUUGGAGGCGCCGUGAGUGCUGCUACGUUUUUCGGAACCACCGCAUUCUCAAACCUCUGAUCCCAGGAAUCUGCUGUGAAUUCAAGGACAGAUGCCAGCCUCCCUCUCCCACCGGUUUUAUGUGUGAGACCAGAGGAGAUUUGGCCCUGUGCUCUAAGAAAGGCCUUGUGUUUCGCAAAGUUCCUUCCUCCGCAGCCCUGCCAUUCUCCAAAAAAAGGCUCCUGAGGAGGGAAGAAUUGUUGCACAUCUAAAAGUUCAGAUCAAUGAAUUACCUGUGCUCAAGCUCACUAAAAGAAGAAAUCCUGCAGUACAGAGGAAAAAUCCAGAGUUGAAAGAGAAUUGGUUUUACAUUUACAGAAACGUGCAUUCAAAACACAGCUUUGCCUCUUCCUAACUGAAUCUGAGCGAGGAACUUUGAGCCUCUGUUACCUCAUCUGUUGGUGUUGUUGUCACCUGUGACCGUGGGCGUGAAUUCACACCUCCACAGCCUUGGUAUUGAGAGAUGAGAGUAGUAAGUGAAUUCCUGCAGGAAAGCAUGUAAAUGAGCCUGAUUAGGAAAUAGAAGUUGGUUGGAAACAGAGCCCAGAGGAUUCUGGAGGCUGAAGUUCUGGCUGGGGCAGGACUCCACAUAGGAAGUGCAUUCUGCAGUAGGAAACUGCCUCCUGUUUUCUGCCUGUAUGUCUGCCGAGUCUAGAUACUUGAGCCAUGACAGACAUUCGGGUUUGGAUGGGGCAGCCCCCUCUCAGCUCUAGAAGGUGGACGUGGAUGGAAGAGGAUCUGCUCGCGGCAGGGCUCGACGAUUUGGUCUCAGUUACAGAUCAACAUCGUCAGAAACUGGAGUGCACCAGAGACCCUUCUGCUGGCGUGCCUGGUCUGCUCUGUCUCCACACUUGAGCAGCCCUGGCUUCUCUGGACUCUGCUUCUGCAGUGGACGAGGCCCAAAGAGGACUGAGAGGUUCUAAACCAUGGCCCAGGUGUCCCUGGCGUUCAGGGAUGUGGCCGUAGAAUUCUCCCAGGAGGAGUGGGCGUGCCUGGACCCCGCCCAGAGGGCCUUGUACCGGGACGUCAUGGCGGAGAACUACAGGACCCUGCUCUCCCUGGGACAUUCCAUUCCUAAGCCAGAUGUGAUUACUUUAUUGGAGCAAGAGAAAGAGCCCUGGAUGUUUGUGACGGAAGGAACAAGAGUUUGGCACGCAGAUUCAGAAUCGAAGUACGUCACCAAGAAGUUAUUUCCAGAAAAGGAGAUUUGUGAAACACAUUUAUCUCAAUUGCAGACAGAAAAGAAUAAAUCCUUCAUCCACGAAGACACAGUUUUCAGACACGAUUUGCAGUGUAACCAUGAAUUUGAGAGACAAGCAGGACAUCAGAUGGGCUCCGUUAGUGAAACGAUAAUUCGAAAACAUACAUCUCUUCCUCUACAUCAGAAAACUCAUGCUACAGAGAAAUCAUAUGAAUGUAAGGAAUGUAGGAAAGCUUUUAGACAACAAUCAAAACUUAUUCAACACCUAAGAAUUCAUACUGGCGAGAGACCCUAUGAGUGUCAGGAAUGUGGGAAGGCUUUUUGUCGUGUGGGAGACCUUAGAGUACAUCAGACAAUUCAUGCUGGGGAGAGACCCUAUGAAUGUAACGACUGUGGGAAGAACUUUAGACUUCAUUACCACCUAACCGAACAUCAGAGAAUACAUUCUGGUGUGAAACCCUAUGGGUGUAAGGAAUGCGGCAAGGCCUUCAGUCGUGUUAGAGACCUCAGAGUACAUCAGACAAUUCAUGCUGGGGAGAGACCCUAUGACUGUAAGGAAUGUGGGAAGGCCUUUAGACUUCAUUAUCAGCUUACAGAACAUCAAAGAAUUCACACUGGUGAGAGGCCUUAUGAAUGUAAGAUUUGUGGAAAGACCUUUAGGGUUCAACGACAUAUUAGUCAACAUCAGAAAAUCCAUACUGGUGUCAAACCCUAUAAAUGUAACGAAUGUGGGAAGGCCUUUAGUCACGGCUCAUACCUUGUUCAACAUCAGAAAAUUCAUACUGGUGAGAAGCCCUACGAAUGUAAAGAAUGCAGUAAGUCCUUUAGUUUUCACGCAGAACUCACUCGACAUCAGAGAAUUCAUACUGGCGAGAAACCCUAUGAGUGCAGAGAAUGUGGGAAAGCCUUUCGUCUCCAAACAGAACUGACUCGGCAUCAGAGAAUUCACACCGGUGAGAAACCCUAUGAGUGUAAGGAAUGUGGAAAAGCCUUUAUUUGUGGCUAUCAACUUACUUUACAUCUGAGAGCUCAUACAGGCGAGAUUCCCUAUGAAUGUAAGGAAUGUGGGAAAACUUUUAGCAGUCGCUAUCAUCUUACUCAACAUCAGAGAAUCCAUACUGGUGAGAAACCCUAUGGGUGUCAAGAAUGCGGGAAGGCCUUUCGUCUUCAAGCAGAACUUACUCGGCAUCACAGAAUUCAUACUUGCGAGAAGCCCUAUGAAUGUAAGGAAUGUGGGAAGGCCUUUAUUCGUAGAAAUCAACUCGUUACACACCAGCGAAUUCACACCAACAAGCAUAGCUAUGAAUGUAAGGAAUGUGGGAAGAUUUUUAGUCGUCGCUACAAUCUUACUCAACAUUAUAAAAUUCAUACUGGCGAAAAGCCCUAUAAAUGUAAAGAAUGCGGAAAGGCCUUUCGCUUUCAAACAGAACUUACUCAACAUCACAGAGUUCAUACUGGAGAAAAACCCUAUAAAUGUGAGGAAUGUGGGAAAGCCUUUAUUCGUAGCAAUCACCUUUCUCAACAUCACAGAAUUCAUACUGGCGAGAAACCCUACGAAUGUAAGGAAUGUGGGAAGACCUUUAGUCGUCACUAUCAUCUCACUCAACAUCACAGAAUCCAUACUGGCGAGAGACCCUACAUAUGUAAUGAGUGUGGAAAUGCUUUUAUCUGUAGUUAUCGGCUUACCUUACAUCAAAGACUUCACACUGGUGAGGUUCCGUAUGAAUGUAAGGAAUGCGGAAAGACCUUUAGUCGUCGGUAUCAUCUUACUCAACAUUUUAGACUUCAUACUGGUGAGAAACCUUAUGGAUGUAAAGAAUGUGGGAAAGCCUUCCGACUUCAGGCAGAACUUACUCGACAUCACACAUUUCAUACCGGUGAAAAACCCUAUAAAUGUAAAGAAUGCGGGAAGGCCUUUAGCGUUAAUUCGGAACUGACUCGACAUCACAGAAUUCAUACUGGUGAGAAACCCUACAAGUGUAAAGAAUGUGGGAAAGCCUUUAUUCGUAGUGAUCAGCUCACUUUACAUCAGAGAAAUCAUAUUAGUGAGGAAACGCUAUGCAUAAUGUAAGGAGGGUACAAUGGCCUUUAGAAAAAUGCCAUUUUUUAAACAGCUGAGAACUCAUAAAAAUCGUCUUACUUGUUAGGCAAUGUGUGGGAAUCCCUCUUGUUUCAUGCUCGAAACUUAACAGAAAUAGUUUUUUAUAUAUUGAUAUAAAGAGUUGAAAAGUCUUGCUUAAACUUUAGUAGAUUGACACCAGCCCCAGGUGAAGGGCUUCCCUCGCCGCCCCCAAAAAAGACUUUGUUGAACAAUUAUAAAAUGCAAUAAAAUUUUUAAAAAAUGAAACCGAAAGGAAAACAGACGUACAUAAUGAAAGCCCCAAUUUUUUUUUUAAUUAUUGAUUGAAUAUAAUGGACAAAUUAGUUCUGUCAAAUCGUUGUAGAGAUUUCUAAACGCUUGCUCUCGGUGUCUGUAAUUUAACUCAGUGCAGACAAGAAGCAACACGCUGUGCACCAGCAUCAGUACAUGGACCACACUUUGUAAAGCACUGUAACAGAAAGUACUUCUGUCGAUGUGACGAACUUGGGAAAAGACUUGAACCACAGCAUAUCUGCACCGCACUUCUGAAUCCACCUCUGCCUGUGGUAUCUGGCAAAACACUUGUCCUCUCUGUGCCUCAGUUGUAAAAUGGUGAUAAUAGUAUUUACCUAAUAGUACUUUUGUGAGGAUGAAAUAAAGAAACAAAACCUUUAGAAGGGUAUUUGCUCAAUAAAUAUAAUUGUUAUUUUCAUCAUUAGUGAUAUUAUUAGUAAAUAUGUGUGAGAGGAAAACCCUGAGUGUAAGGAAUUUGUAAAAGCCUUAUGUUACUUUUCACUCCUUAUUUCAAUUGAGAUAAUUGUGGAUAAAUUUCAGUAAAAUAUUUAUUUCUAAAUCAGAGCUAAUCUCUGAAAACUAAUGUGAGAAAGAUAUCUCUAGAGUCGAUGAAUGUUAUUUCAAUUGAGAUAAUUGUGGAUAAAUUUCAGUAAAAUAUUUAUUUCUAAAAUCAGAGCUAAUCUCUGAAAACUAAUGUGAGAAAGAUAUCUCUAGAGUCGAUGAAUGUGAAGUUUAUGUAAGUAAAGCUUUGGAAGAAUCA